AUGUUUCCAUUCGCUCCCCUUAUGAAAAGUAUGGUUAUCUGGCUCUUAUUUACCGCUUUUGCCGUAUCAAAUGUUCAGGGCCAAUCAACUGUAACAACACGCAUCUCAUGUCCCAGUUCACAAGCAUUGUGUGGCGGAACGGUUUGUUAUGAUACCACUACGCAAUAUUGCACUGAAUCCGGUACAGUUAUUCAAUGUAUUGCGGCCUGUGGAAAUCAAUGUUAUAAUUCCAAUACACAGCAAUGUAUGAAUGGAACAGUAUGUAGCCUAACUCAACGAUUCUGUUUCGUUAAAUAUGAUUACUGGUACGGAAAUCCGUAUAAUCCACCAUAUUAUCAAUGUUAUGAUCCCACAUAUGAAGCAUGUUUCAACAACACCGUUUGCUCAUAUCCAUCUCGAUCAUGUAAUCAACGAUGUCUUAGAUACAACGAAGUAUGUCUGAAUAAUGUGACGGUUUGCAAUGCUAGUAAUGGGUAUUGGUAUUAUCAAGCUGAUCAAAUUAAAUUAUGUAAUGGCACAUGUUAUGAUUCUGCGAUCCAACAAUGUGUUAAUAUAUACAAUGUAUCAAACUUUUCCUUGGAUUCUUCAACACCAACAGCGAUGACAACCACAGGAAGGACACAAAUGACAACAGGAGCAUCUAACACAUCAAAUUGCUGUUUAGUUGAAGAAUGUACAAACGAUGCCGAUUGUUGUGUUUCUGGUGUUGAGUGUCAGUGUUUUCGACGUAACAACGAUGAGUACGGUGCGUGUUUGAAUCCCUAUGUAGAGCCGGUCUGUGCGAAGGGAUGUCCUACCGAAGAACCAUGCAGAAAUGAUACGGACUGUUGCAAAUGCCAGUGUGCCCAAAUAACUGUUACUGAUACUGAUGGAAGUCGUGUUACAAAAACUCAGUGUAUACGACGUUAG